AUGGGGGAGUGGUACCGCUCUGGAACCCAGAAAAGAACUUUAGGCGUCCCGGUGACGGUGGUCUCCAGCAACUCAGAGUCUGACUCAAGCGAGUCUGAAUCAAAUUCUGAGUCCGAGUCAUCUGAUGAUCUGGAGACCUGGAUGAUCCUGGGUCCAGGGAACCAGGACGGAGACCAGAGCAUCUCACUUAACCUGGAGGGAGGGUCUGACAGCAGCGCAGAUGCUGAAGAGAAGGCCAGCUGGUUGGUUUCGUCAAAGGAUAAGGACGCUGGGAUCUAUAACAGAGACAAGGGUGCAAGAGCAACGGGGCCGCGGCUGUCAAACCGAUACUACACCGACAAGAAUGUCCAGUGUAGAAACUGCAGCAAGAACGGACAUCUCUCCAAGAACUGCCCAGAGUCCAAACAGUUGGUGCCCUGCUAUCUUUGUGGAACCCCAGGCCACCUGUCCAGUGAAUGUCCCAACAAGCACUGCAACAACUGCGGCCUGCCCGGGCACCUCUACAACUCCUGCAGAGACAGAGCGCACUGGCACCAGCACUGCGAGCGCUGCUUCAUGACAGGCCACUCAACAAAUGCUUGUCCAGAGAUCUGGAGACAGUAUCACAUCACAACUGAGACACGCACUCCUUUGAAGCCGAAGGGAAAAGACCGGGGUCGGACUCCCGCCUACUGCUACAACUGCUCCAGGAGAGGGCACUUUGGACAUGUGUGUACACGAAAAAGGAUGUUCAACGGAACGUAUCCCAGCACACCGUUUAUCAACUACUACGACACUAAGAAGGAGAUCAAAAGUAGAGGAAAGUGGAUAUUAUCGAAGGUUGAAGAGCUGGAAAAAAAUGGCCUUUUAACUAACAGUUCUCAGACCCCUUUCACUCCAGGACCGCCAAACAAGAGACAGAAGUUCAGCCAUCACGAAAGCAACAAACAGACCCACCAUACACCUCGCCAAAGCCCGAGCAACCACAAACCAGGCCAUAUCUUUUUCAAUGACGAUGACUUUCAGGCUCCAGCACCCAAAGCAAGAAGGAACAAUAGGCCCAAACAACAGGAAGGCACUGAGAAACCAUGGAAACCCAAGAGACCGGUCCCCACUUCGAUAAAACCUCGUCCACCCAAAAAAAUAAUUUUGAAUGAAACGGAUGACUUUCCCAGAGGAGGAGGCAAAAGAGGAGAUACAGAGAAGAAGGGGAAGAAGGGGAAGAAGUUGGGGAAAAAGAAUAAUGUUCCUGAAAAGCUACCAAAAUUCCGCCCUCAUUGGCUUGAAACUGAAGAGAUGCAGGGGUCAGCGUCAAAGCAAGAGAAAGGAAAGAGGAACAAGAGGAACCGAUACCGGAAGAACUCUGAUGCUUCACAGUACCCAACGGAUGAGAACCUGUUUACCAUCAAACAGAGGAAACGCCAUAGAUAGCACCAGUGUGUGUGACGGCAGUGAUCUUCAUGACCAGUUCAUCGUGUGUGGUCAGGACAUUUCAGGAGUCUCAGGCAUUUUGUUAGACUGCCAGUGCUGCUCUUGAGGGUUCAUAGGCCUGUUUAAUGGAAGACCUUUUCAAAUGUCACAGUAAGAAGAGCAGAGUUGUAAUUAAUAAAAUGAGUAAUGAAUAUUUU